AUUCGUAGAAAUAUAACCACAAACAUCUAUCCAUCUCCACCUCGACAGGGAUGGAGGCAUCGGCGACGGCCCGCUGCACCACGGAUGAAGACGGCAUUGACAACAACCAGAGCCAGAGGGUGGCAGCAGACUACAGCAGCAGCAACGUCAAGAACGCAAGGUUGAAUUCUAUGCUGGCUGCCCUCCUCGAGGAUCCUAUCCUCGCCGAUGUACCCAAAAAACCAACAUUAUCGGAUGUUGACACUCUCAUAAGCCUGGAGCUCGGCAGCGCCAUGCGCAUCUCCGUUCAGAAAUUGGACGGCACUUCGUUAGAUGUCGUGGUGAUGAAUUCCGCGACAGUAAAGGAUUUGAAACUGGCGAUAAAGAGGAAAAUUAAUGACAUGGAGCAGUCCAAGAUGGGGCAUCGUCACAUCUCUUGGAAGCAUGUCUGGGCGAACUUCUGCCUUUCCUACCAUAAUGAGAAAUUACUUGAAGACAACUCCUCUCUACAGGAUUAUGGCAUACGUAGCAAUUCUCAGGUUCAAUUUGUGCCCCAAGUCAUGACAAGGGUUUCUCAAAGGCAUUCAAGGAGGAGAAAGCACCGUUUCUUUCACGGUCUUAGCAAAAGCGCAUCUGAUUUCACAAACGCCACACCAGACCAGACCAGGCCGAGGAUCCAGAGCAGCCGAGAGGCUAUUUGAGAUAAAGCCUCUUCUAUUCCCUUUCUAUGUAUACAAGUUGUUAUAAUAUAUUGACAUCGUUCUUUCAUAAAAUUUUACUUGUUGGGAAACGUUAAGACUUCAGGAAGCAGUAUCUGAAAUGGAGCUUCUUUGUUUUGGACUUUUA